UGCCUACUCGCUAGGAUGCACCCCCUGUUGUCCGCAUACGAUAUUUAAGACUCUAUCUCCUCUCCAAUGUACAGAGAACUAUUUUGUCUUUUUCACCGAAAUAAAUCAACAAUCAAAUCCUGGAAGAUACACUGAACUCAAAACAAUGGAAGAGGCAAUCGCAGUCGAGUUGACCGAUAGGCCAAAGUACCCUGGCUUAGGUCUUCCGCUCCGGCAGAUGCCAGAAGGCGAGUCGUAUGCUAUGGGUGCGAGCAUCAAGUGUGAUGGUGCAAUCUCUAUGAUGGUGUCAGUUAGAGAGCUAGCCAUGAUGGUGAUCAUGGAUCAACUGUCAGACAAAGUGGACUGGCACAAGAAAGUCUUUGAUGAAAAGAUUGUAUAUGAAUGGCAAACCGAAGCUAUCGCUGUCCCGGAUAUUCAUUGGGAAAGGCUUGCUAUGGGCGGAGAAAAUGUUUACAGCAGAAAUGAUGAAGACGACUCUGCAACUCCAGAAUUAAAGGGUAUUAUUGACAGAGAGACUUUUGAAACGAUCAUCAAAGAACUCCAAAACAAGGCAAACCAUUUUAAGAAGACGGGUAUCAUUCCAACAUUGGACGCGUCUUCGAGUAUCGCGAAAUCUGAUGUCCUCGUGUCUUUUCAACUGCGCGAGUCUUUACGAGUGGCCUUUCAAGAGAUUAAGGAUGACCGCGCUGAACGGCGCGACUGGUAUCCCCAUAUGAAUGAAAUAGUCCAGAAUUUAGUGGACCCAUCAAUGUACCCGUUGGUAUAUGGACGCAGCCGGGUCGUAAAGGAAGAGCUUGUCGGUGUGGGUGAUGCCAUUGGUAGAUGGGCCGGGAAGGGGUUUCUUCUCGAGAAGAGCAGAUCCAGGUUUGAGACCUCGAUACCCGAGGACUUAUGGUCGGACACAUACCAAUGGCUUCCCGCGAACGUUGCUUUCCAGAAAGAUGGUACAGUCAGAUUCACAAGCUAUAUCAACAAUUUACAUCCUGUGAAGUUUGAUGAUACGUAUCGUACCAUGGAAGAGCUGGUUCGGAUCUGUCUGCCAAUGUGGGACCAAUGUCUUGCAAUUGCCUAUGACUCUUACGACACCACAGCAGCCGGACGAACUGAAACCCGAAUGGCUUAUCCGGAAGACGCUGACGAGGAGGUGAAGAAGAAUUGGAUCCCAUCAGACCCACAGGAGUGUGCGAAUAUCCCGGUCAAUUGGGAUGAACACGAGGACCACGAUUAUGACCCAGAAUGGGAUGAUGAAGCCGAGAAAAAGUGGGAGUUACUCCGGAAGCCUCGAAUCCCCGAAGUUCCGUUCGAGGACAUUAGUUAUAUACAAGAAGAGGACCAGAAGCUGGCCAACGUGUUUAAUGACUCGGGAUUGCAGAUCAUUGUCAAGAUGACUUCGAUUGAGCUUACCCCAGAGAAACCGAAUUUUACCGGCAGUAACUGGCUUGUGGAAGGCCAGAUGAACGAGCAUAUUGUUGGAACGGCGCUCUACUAUCUUGACAUCGAAAAUGUGACGGACAGUCAAGUUUCGUUUCGCAUGUCGACCGACAGCUACAUAAACGAGGAUAUAGAUGUCGGUAAAGGGUGUUACCACUGGUUGCAGAAAAUUUACGGUACUACACUGUACGAUGGAUCGCUGGCUUUGCAGCACUACGGGGACGUUCAGAUCCGCCCGGGCCGGCUCCUUGCCUUCCCAAACAAUUUUCACCAUGCUGUUUCGCCGUUCUCUCUUACCGACAAGACUAAACCGGGGCAUAUGAGAUAUAUCGCAUUGUGGCUUGUGGACCCAAAUCAACGCAUUAUCUCCACCGCAAACGUGCCUCCGCAACAGCAAGAUUGGUGGAUAGAGGCAACUCUUGGAAGGAAUGAAACAACUCGUUCAAAAGCCAUUUCGAAGAUGCCGGGCGAAGUUGUUGAAUUGAUGAAGGAUCGUUUAGCUGGCAUCGAUGUCACAGCGGCGCAGCCCAUGAGACUUCCACAGGAGCUGCAGAAUAUGGUUCACGAGCACUUUUGCGCCGGAGAUCAUACAUCGCCGAUGACUGCAGAGGAGGCUACAGAACAUAGAUUGAAGCUGAAGGAGGAACAAGAUUGUUCUGCUCAAGUGAGGCUAGAUGAGUUUGAACGCGAUUGGCUGUUGAGUGACCAGUCAGCAUUCUGUACCCUAUGGUUCGAUGUGGGUUUCCGCGAAUACAAAUUCGAAUACCUCAGUCUUUCUUGGUAA